CGUGACAAUUUGUUUGUUGAUUUCUCAACAUUAAUGGCGUGGCACUUAUAUUUCCAAGUAAAACGCAAUUAUUUUUCGAAUUAAACAUUAUGUAGUCAAGUUGAGAAUCUAUAUUUAUAUUAUAGUGUUUAUUUGCAUUCGCCACUGCACGGAAUAUAUGUAUUGAAGGAUUAUGCAUUUGAGCCAACUAUUCACCCUCACAAAUGAAGCUAGUGAGUCGCCUAUGUUCCAAAAGGAAUUUCAUGUUACUGAAAGUAACUUUGAAUGGCUUUGCUGGAAGUGGAAAUCAUGUUCAACUAUUCCGAAUAGGAAACAAUUCAAAAGAAAUUGAAAAAUGUAUUAUAUCGUCUGCAGAGGUAUACAUUCUAUAGAUUGUUGCCCAAAAAUACAGUCUUUGAUGAAGAUGAGUUGUUUGAAGUCUUUAUUUCAAGUCUUGGGAGAAUGGAAAACCCACCUCAGCAUCUUACGGUUUUAAAUAAUCUUAAUAGAGAAGCAUGAUCCAUUCUGCAUUUUUAUUUCUCCACUUAUUUUAAAUUGUCAGUACUGAAAAUAUACAAGAUGAAUUCCAUUUCCAACCUCGCUAUUUACAACAAUUUGCAAAAAUCGGUAUCAGACUCAAUUAUUGAAAACAUAGGCUUAUUUGAAAUCAUGAAAAACGAAGGGAAUCGAUUAAAUUCUUUCAACGGUAAAUGGCCACUUGAUUUCAUUGCCAUGAAUGAUCUCGCUAAAUGUGGAUUUUUCUAUUUAUUAUCUGAUGACAAAGUCCAGUGUGCGUUCUGCAAACUUAUUCUUGCCAAGUGGGCAGUUGGUGAUGAACCAUUAGAUCAACAUCAAAAGUUUUCUUCAAAAUGCUGCUUUCUUUCAAGUUUGAAAAAAACUGCUGAUCCUAAGAAAAAUAUACCAACAUCUAAUUUAAGUUUUUUUUGUACUCCACUUUUCAAUUCUUCAAGACCUCAGAGGGCAAAAAUACCAAGGAUGUCAGAUGUUAAGAAACGUUUAUCAACUUACAAGGGAUGGUCUGUUACAAUGAUUAGUGUAGAAGAUCUUGCUGUGUGCGGGUUAUUUUAUACAGGUGUGGACGAUGUUGUAACUUGUUUUUCCUGUGGAAUUUCUCUUGGAGAUUGGGAACCAAAUGAUGAACCUAUGUCCAAGCAUUCACAACUCUAUCCAAAUUGUAUAUUUCUCCAUUUUGUUAUCAGUGGUAGCUCCCUAGAAAGAAAAAAGACAAGAAAGCCCUUAAACACUUUUCCAGAGAUGAUUUCAAGGAAAUCCCCUAAACCAUCCCUUACUGAUAUUUUAAAAACAGAAAUUGUUCUCAAGGCCAAAGAAAUUUUUCCUUCUCAGUUGGUGGAAGAAGUGGUUUGCAAACAUUUAAAUGAAACCGGUGAAAGCUUCUCUUCUCUUCAACAUUUAUGUGAUAAAGUAUUACAAUAUGAAGAAAAGAAACUGAAAAUAAGAUUAAGUACUACCCCAAAAGAAAAGGAACAGACACAUGCUUCUGAAGAUCCUAUUAAAACAGGUUAUAAUGCUGUAAAAAGUUCAAGAGAAGCAUUUUUGUGCAAAAUUUGCUUGACAAAUGAAAUGAGUAUAGCUUUCCAGCCUUGUGGCCAUCUAAUGUCAUGUGACGUCUGCAGUCAUCGGGUUUUCAAGUGUCCAAUUUGUCGCCUGCCUGUUCAAAAUAGAAUAAAAACUUACCUAAGUUGAAGAAAAACUAAAACAAUUUUUGUUAUUAUAUUUAAGUAAAAUGCUUACUAUGGUUUUAUUUUGUUCAUUUGAUAAUUAGUUAAUGUAAUUAACUGAUUCGGACAGUAGUGUGCUUAGUCUAAAUUCAUGUAAAUUCAAUUGCUUCUGAGUUGUGUUUUAUAUUUUCUGUUAGCACAUUUGGAAAGUAGCAAUCAACUUAUUUCCUAUUAAAAUAUACUCAGUUAGCAAUCUAUGAAUGAUUAUUUAACAAUUGGAAGCUUUUUUUUUUACUGAGUUAGUGUUCAUUUUUCGUAUGUAAUGUAACAGGGUGCGUAGCGUUUUUAAAAAGUUCUUAAAGGUGAUUAUUUUUGAUUUUCGUUUUUAAAAGCCCUUAAAGGUGCUUUUUUCAUGGGGUGUUUUAAAAAGUGCUUAAAUUUUCCUUUUUCAAAAUGAGAUUCUUCAUUUACCAUGUUGGUUUUCGUUACGGAUUGUGCAAAAUGACACAGUUCACAUUGUUCUGUUCAACAUUUUCUCAAUUAAUUCUACCCCACUAUUUCGCCGUAUUGUCAGUCGGUAGCGUAUGAAAACACCAUUUGUUUUACGUGAUUCAAAAAUUCAUGAUUUUUGACAAAUGUCAACAACAAUGCCAUAAGAUAUUUUUUUGGCAUGAUGGUUAAAACAAGUUAAACCGUCAACUGUCAAUUAUUUUCCAACCCUGCCUAGUUAUGAUAAUUUUUAAUGAGUGCUUAAAAAUAAUUUUUAGUGCUUGAAAAGUGCUUAUUUUUUGUUGAAUAAUUUGGCUACGCACCUUGUGUAAGCAUACCCUCCAAUAUUUGAGAUUUCAUCAAAAUAUUUUUCUAGUGGCAAUUAGCUAAGCAGAAAUCGUUAAAAUAAAUAGAAUUUUUAUAAAGCUUUUAAUAGAAUUUAAAAAAACUAAUCUACACACUAUUUGACUUUUGAUGUAUCUAUUUAAAUUAUUCAUCUGUAGUGGUAUAUAAUAUUCUUUUAAUUUUAAUUGAUCAAUAUUAUUUUAAUUAAUAUUACAAGGAAAAUUAUUUUCUGAAACUACAAAGAUUCCUAGUGUUGGAGGGUAUAUGCAAGUAUGCACAUUUGACAUAAAAUGUAUCAAAAUUAUAAUUAAUUUAAUAUUUUACGAUAUAUUGUUUUAUCUAUUAAUUAAAGCGAUAUAUGUUGCAGUUAGAGGGCACCAAUGAAAGCGAAAUAUAAUUUGCCUAUAGUGUGCUGAAGUUAAAUGUUAUUUUGGUGCGCAAAUGUUGUGCUUAGUUUUUCAAGUUAAACUGUAACAGUUAUACGAAAAUUGCGAUUUAGCAUUAUUUUUAUUUUAUAUUUUUGCAAAAAAAACUAGCACACAAACGUAUAUUUUAUGUUUUAGUGUAUGAAAUUAUUCAUUAUGUACUUUUGUUCAGUUUUUGCUGUGUCUAAUUGAAGUUAGGAAAGUACAGCUUGUGAUAUUGUCUUUAUUCUUUUUAGUUUUUUAAAUAUGUUUUUCGGUUUUUUCCUUUGUGGUACGAAUAUUUUAUUUACUUUUAUCAACAUAUUGAAACGUUUGAAAAAUUUUCAUUUUCUUUUUUAUUGCAACAUUUUCAAUUGAUAUUAUUUUUGAGACUAAUUUUGUGCUCUUGAUUUAACUUUGCUUUUUGACAAUUUUGUUUUGUAGUUGUAUUUCUUGUAAGCAUUGUAAUUAAUACCUAUAUCCCAUGUUUGAUUGAGUAAAUAUUGCUAAUUUUCAAAAUAAAAGGUUAGGCAUGCCUUAA